AUGCCUCAUCUCCCUCCAAUCACUCCCGCCCCAACCGCCGCUUCAAUCUUCUCCCAAGCUCCGGUCAUGACCCCCGCCAUCCAAGUACCCACCCACUCCGGUCCACGGGACGGCCCCGAUAUUCCCGGAGCUGGAAAGUUCAAGGCCAUUAAGCUACGUCUCGAGCUUCGUGACCUCUCGCACCCUGGAUCUGCCGUCUUUCUGAGCUCUGUGAACGCAGCAGAAUGUCUUGCCAAAGCAGUGCAGCAUGUCCUUGCGCUACUCUAUGAAUCACCUACGUGUCCCACUACCACCAUUCCAACAACGCGAUCCGUCACAGUUAUUCUCCGUAGCAUGUCGGGAGUCGCUUACACAACUGGGUCUGAGCUCGACAGCGAUCACAAAGAGAUUCACUUCUCUACAGAUUACAUUUCGAACAUCCAUCCUAUCUCCCGCCGCAGUGACGAGAUCAAUGGUGUACUCACUCACGAGCUCGUUCACUGUCUUCAGUACAACGGCCAUGGUCACUGUCCUGGCGGUCUGAUCGAGGGUAUUGCUGACUGGGUGCGACUUCAUUGUCUUCUUAGUCCUCCACACUGGAAACGCGAGAGCGGCGGGAAGUGGGACGCAGGCUAUCAGCAGACGGCCUACUUUUUGGACUACUUGGAGGAUCGUUUCGGCAAGGGAACGAUCCGCCGCCUGAAUGAGAAGUUAAGGAUCCAAAAAUACGAAGAGAAGCCAUUCUGGACCGAGCUAGUUGGGCGACCAGUUGAGCAGCUCUGGGGUGAUUACAAAGAGAAACUAGAAUCUUAG